AUGCGACUCUUAGCCUCGUCUCACCUGUCGGUCUUCUUCCUCCUCGCCAUCCUCCAACCGUCCCUGGCCGCCAAAUCCGCCGCAACGUCCUUCUGCAAAUGCAUCUGCUUCAACAAUAGCACCAUAAUCCCGCUCAACCCCCCUCCUUCUUCCUCGCGAAGAGAAAUACGUAGCUUAGAUAUGAGGUCUCCCGGUGGUGACUAUGCUGAAGCAGAAACGGAAGCAAUUCCAGGCUGGUCGUUCAAGAGAGACGCCGACGACGGGCUAGACGCUGCAGUAGCAGCAGCAGCAGCUGAAGCAUCGUCUUUGCCGCUGACUUUGGCGUCGUCGCCAUCAUCGUCUUCAGAGGAGGAAGCGGAGGAGACGGCGACGGCGGUCGUGGCCCCUUCCACAGCCACCACCACGGCCAUUAGUGACGGGGACGCCGCCAACGACCGUCCCCCAACGGGCCGUCCACCCAACAAGGAGCGCAAAUUCACCUGUUCCGACUGCACCAGGGCGUUCUGUCUCGAUUACAACCUUCCCAUAUGCAAGGGCGCAGAGGAAGAGGAUGUAUUCACUACAUGUUUCCAGCGCGACUCUCUCAAAGACGAGACCGUAGUUGUGGUCUUCAUCUUCGCGACAGCAGGUCUCUUGGGCUGGGCCGUCGUAAAACCAUGGAUUGAUCGCCUGAGGGAAGGAAAGACAUUUUCGCCUCUUCCCCAACGAGAUAUACAUCGUGUUAACAUUGGUGGUUAA